GCCAGAUGAAUCACAGUGCUGAGGAAUAAAGACACCGACCGUUUGGCUUCAUGAUGCCACAGUAGUGUUGGAAACCAGAGAGCAGAGGGACUCGUCGGGUCGUACAGGAGUCAAGAUGACCGUCACUUAUUCCAGUAAAGUCGCCAACGCCACCUUCUUCAGUUUCCACCGGCUGCUGCUGCGAUGGAAGGGCAGCAUCUACAAGCUGCUGUACCGGGAGUUCAUCCUCUUCGUUCUGCUUUACACCGUCCUCAGCGUCGUCUACAGGCUCGUCCUCUCCGACCACCAGAAGAGAUUGUUUGAGAAACUUUCAAUGUACUGCGACAAAUACGCAGAACAAAUCCCCGUCACCUUCGUCCUGGGUUUUUAUGUGACUCUGGUGGUGAAUCGAUGGUGGAAUCAGUUCGUUAACCUGCCGUGGCCGGACAGACUCAUGUUCCUCAUCUCAAGCUGUGUCCAAGGUAAAGACGAAUAUGGCCGCUUGCUGCGACGGACGCUGGUGCGCUACGUUAACCUGACGUCGCUGCUCAUCUUCCGCUCCGUCAGCACCGCCGUCUGCAAACGGUUCCCGACCAUGGACCACGUGGUGGAGGCAGGUUUCAUGACGCCCGAGGAGAGGAAGGUGUUUGAGAACAUCCGCUCUCCUCACCUGAAGUACUGGAUUCCUGUCGUCUGGUUCUCCAACCUGGCGUCCAAAGCCCGGCAGGAAGGACGCAUCCAGGACAGCAUCGACCUGCAGAAUAUUCUCAAUGAGAUGAACGUCUUCAGGACUUGGUGUGCGACUCUUUUUGGCUACGACUGGGUCGGCAUCCCUCUGGUCUAUACCCAGGUCGUCACUCUCGCUGUCUACACCUUUUUCUUCGCUUGUCUUAUUGGCCGACAGUUUCUUGACCCUGCCCGGGGUUACAACGGCCACGACCUCGACCUUUAUGUCCCAGUCUUCACCCUCCUGCAGUUCUUCUUCUACUCCGGCUGGCUGAAGGUAGCAGAGCAGCUGAUCAACCCGUUUGGAGAGGAUGACGACGACUUUGAGGCGAAUUGGAUCAUCGACAGGAACCUUCAGGUGUCUCUUCUGGCCGUGGACGAGAUGCACAUGAACAUGCCUCAUAUGACCAGAGACAUGUACUGGAACGACUGCGACGCUCGGCCGCCGUACACACUGGCUGCUGCAGACUACUGCAUCCCUUCGUUCCUCGGCUCCACCACCGACAUGGGACUCUCAGACAUCCUGCAGUUUGAUGACGUUGAAGUUAUCGACAGUCGUCCACGGCAACAGGACUGCACUUUGACUCGGCGCCAAGAGUCGGUCCUGGGUCGAGUCCGGCGGCUGCUAAGUGUCCAGGAGCCUCCUGACCUCCGACCUCCUCGGCCCAUCUUCAAACGACACAGCAGCGACGCGACUGGCAGCUUCUUCCCAGACCUAAGAGUCAAUCUGGGUCCAGAUCACAUGGCUCCGCCUUCCUCCGUGGCCAUGCCCCCGUCAUCCGUGGACACUCUGUCCACCUUAAGGGAGGUCAGCAGCAACCCGCCGUCGUCUGAAAGUUCGCCCGUGUUCCCUCGGCUCGUCAUCAGCCCCCCGCUGUUUGGUGACGUCUGUCACAGUCUGGACUCCUGCUGCAAACCUCAGAACGGCUUCGACCUUUCACCCACCGAGGAGGCUCCUGGCUCAGAAACCCCGCGGACUGGCUACUCGGUUUGUUGUUCCCCAACUCAACUGGGACCCAAAGAAUUUCGUUGGACGACGUGUAACGUCCCGAGUCAGCGUCCGACCCGACCACGGGGCCGACAGUUCUCGCUCCAGUUCUCCAGACAGAACUCUAAAGCUUCGGUCCGCAGCCUCCCGAGUCCCAAGGCGCUGGGCCGGCGGAGACGAAGCCUGGCCCGGUUCCACUCCCGACGGUCUCCAGGACCGACCCCGGACACCCUGCAGAUCCCAGAGCCGGAUUACAACCAAGACUUCCAGCCAACGGCAGGAACUGAGGACGACGAGAGGGAAGGAACCGACAACAGAGAGGAGACGAAAAACAGCCAGCAACAGAGUUCAGAGAAGAAAUGAUAGCCAGCCACAGCCCGACCCAACAGAACCCACCUCAGAGCUGAUAUCAACAUCAUCAACCUUCAGUCUGACUCAGAACUCAUGUUUGGAGCCAAUCAGGUAAAAAGCUGCCACUGUUUUUUAACUCCUUGUUUCCCAGAGUCUGUACAAGCUAACGCAGCUAAUGCUACUGUGGUAGCACCUGGUCACACUUUAACAGGAAACACUGAACACAAGGUUCUGAUGCUUUAACCCUGAAACGUCUUUAACCUCCUGAGACCCGGCGUCCUCGUAUGGGGACAUUACGUUUUAGGUUUGUUGCAGCUUAUUCUGCUUCAUUUAGACCUGUUGUCCCCAUAGGGGGACACUUUAGUCUGCUGUGUACUGG